CAUGUCAUGUCCUGCCAUGCCAUGCAGCGAACAGGUGCCAGCAACGCUCCGGUGAUACGCGAUGGCCUCGUCUCUGGGGAACCCGGGAAAAACAGAGAAAAGGGGGAAAGGAGAGACGGACGCAGAGAAAGAGGCGGCCUUAUGGACCGCCACAGCCUUGUCGAUGAGCGAGCCCGGCUCGACAUGGCAGGAAACAGAGCACAAGAACAAGGAAGGAAGCAUCAGCAUCAUCGUCAACAUCAUCAGCAUCAACGGCGCUAAAUGUCCAACCCCUGCAGCGCCUCUCAUGCGCGAACUGCAAAUCGCCAAUGCCAUUUGCAUCAACAUGGACGGUCGACAUGAGAUUCUGCUAGCCUUGUCUGGCUGUACCUCGCCGAGCUGUACUCGAUACCUCUGGCUCAACUCGAGGCUAGGGCCGCACCGCAUCGCGGCUCCACAAGGCAAGGUACUCAAUGCCUUGGUCAGAUCCAGUGUCUGGACGUCGUUCACGUCUUUGGGUGACUUUGCCCAGAUGUACCUGUGGAGGAGACACCGGUUGACGCUGGCAUCGCUGUGGAAGCAGAUCCGAUUUGGCUCGCUCGAGAUGGAGUCUUACGAGCGCGGUAUCAACGUGCAAGCGCACCGCCAGCGGCUGCAUGUGCAAGUAGCUCCCAACCUCCGCUUUAUUGCCAUAUGA